AUGGACAACGCUGAAUUAUACCAGAAAAGCAACACGUUACAAAAAAGGGAUGCUCUACAAUGCUUAGAAGAAUAUGCGAAAAAAAUUAAAUGGAGAAACGAUGGUGAUACAGUUAUUGAUAUAGGUAGCGGAGAUGGAAGUGUUACAACAAGUAUACUAAUGAAGUUUCUGCCCAGCAACUGUACGAGGGUAAUGGGAUGUGAUAAAAGCGACAAGAUGGUACGUUUCGCUAAUAAAUACUACGCGGCUGACCACGUCAGCUUCACUAUCCUAGACAUAGAAGCUGACCUGCCAGAUGAGCUGAGAGAAAAUUUCGACCAUGCAUUUUCAUUUUACACCCUUCACUGGAUCAAGAAUCAAGAGACAGCAUUUUCAAAUAUUUAUAACUUAUUAACAAGAGGCGGUGAUUGUCUACUUAUAUUCCUUGGUCACAUGCCAGUGUACGAUGUUUAUCGGAUGUUAGCUCGUAAGCCGAAGUGGAACUAUUGGCUGAAAGAGGUUGAUCGUUUUGUCUCACCAUAUCACGACUGCCAGGACCCUGAAAAAAAAAUCAAAAGAAUGAUGACAUCCAUCGGAUUUAAUAGUGUUGAUGUUCAUUGCACUGAAAAAUCUUUUAUUUAUUCUAGUUUGCAGGAGACUAAGGAUGCAGUAGCUGCGAUAAAUCCGUUUAAAAUCCCAAAAGAGUUGCUUGAAGAUUUCCUGGAAGACUAUGUCAAAAUUGUAAGCGACAUGCAGCUCAUAGACUACGUGUGCAGCAAUGUGGCAGAUGGUCCAGUUACAGUAAGGACUAGUUAUCACUUAAUCACCGUUUUUGGGAAAAAG